AUGAUCUCCUCACCCAUCUUUGGAGUAAUGGCCUCCACGUUUAAUCGGAUGAACCUUCGCCCCGCUGUGGUCCUGGCAGGUGACAAGUGUCAGCAACAACCACUGCAGAUCGUCAACGGCCACAUCACAUCCACCACCUCCAUAAUCAACGACAACGCCACCUUCUCUUCCUCUAACGCAGUAAUUCAUCGCUUACACCAGCAAUUCCGAAUCGUCGAUCCCGAAUAUGCCGCGUUUCUGGACCUCAUACGGUUCAUCUGUUCCACCCAAGAGCAGGUGAACAAAAUGCAGGACGGCAUUGUUCUUUGCCCUGAAGGUCAGCUCACCGACCGUCAAAUCUGGAAAGCCUUCCAGAGCCAUCCCAACAGCACCGUUAUGACAGUCUCCCGCAAAGGAGCGCAACGCAUCAACACCAUCGUUGUGGGCGAACUAUUUCAGGGAUGCCCUCUCACCAACAUCCCCUGCGGCUGUGUAGCGGACUCUCAGCCAAUCUUCCCGCACAGGAACAUG